CUCUGUGGCUGAGCUGCCAUAUGUGUAAUCCCUUCUCGAGAAUGUGGUGUUGUGUGCUUCUGACUCUGCAGACAGUAUGUAAAAAGGACCUGUCAAACGCACUGUGCUUUCUUUACAAAGAAAAGGGGGUGGUAAAGCAGCUCUGCGAAGUUGGCGUCUCAGGUUCCCUCUAACUCUACCAUGUCCGACAAGCUGGAAACCAUGUCCAUCCUCAAAUUUACCCUGGUGUCCAUCUAUAGCCUGGUCCUGGUCAUUGGGGUCAUCGGGUUGGCCCUGAUGAUCCACAUCCUCCAAUCCAACAUGCGAUCAGUCAUCACCAUCGCUAUGCUCAACCUCACCCUGGCCCACUUCCUGUUCCUACUCACCGUACCCUUCAGGAUCUACUACUAUGCUGCUGGUUACUGGAUGUUGGGGGACAUGCUGUGUAGGGUGGUCAGUGCCAUGAUCCACGUGCACAUGUACAUGGCUUUUGUUUUCUACGUGGUCAUCCUCGUCAUACGACUGCUGGGGUUCCAUAGCAAGAAUGAUCGCUACGAGUUCUACAGGUAGUGAAGUUAACUACGUUCUACAAAUAGUUAACUGUGUCCUACAGGUAGUUAAUUUAACUGUGUUCUACAGGUAGUUAACCAUGUUCUACAGGUAGUCAACCUCAUUGUAAAGGUAGUUAACCGUGUUCUAAAGGUAGUUAACCCUCUGUGUUCUAAAGGUAGUUAACUAUCCGUGUUCUACAGGUAGUUAACCC